GGAGGAUGGAGCCCGAGACCCGCGAUCACAGCACGGCCUUCCGCAAUCUCCACAGCAGCUCUGGAGAGAUGAAGCUGCGGAAGAGGAAGUCCACGCAGUAUGUGAUCGCUCAGGAGAAGCGCUCUCGGCGCCGUGAUCUUCUUGGAGAAAACACUUACCUGGUCUUGUUUACCAUUGCUCUGCGAAUAUUUAACUGCUUCUUAGUCCAGACAAGUUUUGUUCCUGAUGAAUACUGGCAGUCUCUGGAAGUUGCACACCACAUGGUUUUCGGUUAUGGCUAUUUGACCUGGGAAUGGACAGAGAGACUGAGAGGUUACACUUAUCCCCUAAUCUUUGCAAGCAUUUACAAGAUUCUGCAUCUUCUGGGGAAAGACAGUGUUCAAUUACUGAUCUGGAUUCCCAGACUUGGCCAAGCUCUUCUGUCUGCUGUAGCAGACCUAAGGCUUUACUCCCUCACGAAGCAGCUGGAAAACCAGGAAGUGGCACGAUGGGUGUUUUUCUGCCAGCUGUGUUCCUGGUUCACGUGGUACUGCUGUACCCGAACCCUCACAAACACCAUGGAGACUGCCCUCACUGCCGUUGCCCUUUUCUACUAUCCUCUGGAAGGCUCGAGGUCCAAGAACAGUGUCAAGUACUCCCUCCUGGUGGCACUUGCUUGUGUGGUCCGCCCCACAGCACUUAUCCCGUGGGUGCCGUUACUCUUCAGACAUCUCUACCAAGAACAGAGAAAGCUCCACCUGACGCUGCAUCAUUUUUUACCCGUAGGAUUCAUUACCUUCAGUUUGUCUCUGAUAAUUGAUCGUAUCUUUUUUGGCCAAUGGACGCUGGUCCAGUUUAACUUUUUGAAAUUUAACGUGCUGCAGAACUUGGGGACAUUUUAUGGCUCUCACCCAUGGCACUGGUACUUCAGUCAAGGGUUUCCAGUUGUCCUGGGGACCCACUUACCCUUCUUCAUUCACGGUUGCUUCCUGGCCCCUAGGAGGCUCAACAUACUGCUGCUGGCCGUGCUGUGGACACUGCUAGUGUACAGCAUGUUGGGCCACAAAGAAUUCAGAUUUAUCUAUCCAGUUUUACCAUUUUGCAUGGUGUUCUGUGGCUACUCGCUAGCCCACCUGAAGGCAUGGAGGAAGGCAGCUCUGAGCUUCCUGCUCUUGUCAAAUGUGCUGCUGGCACUCUACACUGGCCUAGUUCAUCAGAGAGGCACGCUGGACGUCAUGAGUCACAUUCAGAAAGUCUGCCCCAGAGGCCCUGACCCAGCUCCGGCCUCAGUAUUCAUCAUGAUGCCCUGCCACUCCACGCCUUACUACAGCCAUGUUCACUGCCCACUGUCCAUGCGGUUUCUCCAGUGUCCCCCAGACUUGACUGGAAAAACUCAGUAUCUUGAUGAAGCAGAUACGUUCUACUUAAACCCCUUAGGCUGGUUACAACAAGAGUUUCACAGCAAUGUGUCACUCCCCACUCACUUGGUCACCUUCAAUGUUCUGGAGAAGGAGAUCCAUGCCUUCCUCACCUCAGGGAACUAUGAGAGGACUGCUACUUUCUUCCACACUCAUUGGCCAGAGCGUCGAACUGGCAGUCACAUACAUGUCUACGAGCGGAGGUUAACCAGCAGAGUCAGCACAGGAGGGAACUGAACUGUGAGGACUUCUGCAGAGACGUUGGCAUAACUGAGAGAAACUGCAGGUGACUCGUGACAUGAGGGGAAGCCACUGGGGACAGAUGUACCAUACACUGUCCUGAGGCAUUCUCAGGGAACAUUUAAUUCGGCGCCAGACUUGAGAGAGACCUUUAGUUUUCCUCAUGGUGCAGUUUAUUGAUUCUUCCAUAGUAUUCAGGUGUGCAAGAGUUCACAAGACAAGCCAGCAAGCUCUUCACAAGCCAACAGGCUCUUGAACCCACAGAAGAGACAAAAGCAUGAGAGUAGAAAACGUUAGAGCGGAGUCCCACCUCAGCUUAAGCCCUGCUGCACACCCACACACGGCACUGACUGCCCUGUGUGAGCCAAGCUUGCUCUAAGCUCAGCUACUCAAACCCAGCCUUGUUUCAUGCACACAAUGUCUCAUGCCUGGCUUCCUGAAAACUACUGGUUUGUUUGUUUUUUUUUUCCCAGAGCAAAAAAAAAAAAAAGUUUUUGUUUUUAAUAAACCUAAGCUACAGGAAAAUGCAAGUUAGUAAGCUUUGCUUUUGCAUAAUAUAAAGACAGUCACGGGGAGUUCAUCCUAAUUUCAACAUCAAAAGAAGUAGAAAGCAUCCACAUCUCUUAACUUCCUAACUUAACUUAAUCACGAAUCAGUACUUAGGGUCAAAAGGUAACUGGCCCAGUUCUAUCUCGAGAUUUGCCGUGUGUCUUCCAUUAGCGCGACCGUAUUUAUACCAUUUACCUUCCCUUUUACAAGGCUGUGGAUGAAGGUGCUUCUGCUCUUGUUUUCGGUGCCUGGAGUUUUCAAUAUUUACCAUACGUUGCUUUUUAUCAGGUCGACUGAAAGUAGUAAACAAAUUUUUUAUCUAUGUUAGAGUUCAGUUGUCUAAAAGUAAAAAUAACAAUGUUUUUCUCCAUUAACCUAUCUGAACACUGCAGAGAUAAAAUGUAAAAUAAAAUCCUAUUAUAAUACCAGGGGAGAGGGAUAUUACUUCAACACUGAAGAAAAAAGGAUAGGCGUCAAUACGCCUGCACUGGCUGGAAGGGGGGACCUAGCAGGGGAUGAGGAGCAGGAAUGUAACAAUAAAAUAAUGAGGUGUUUCCAUUAUCACUCCAGUAAGAACAACCAGUCUCGUCUCCAUUGGCUUUAUCCCUCAGCUGAGAUGAAUACACAUCUUGCAACACAGUCUCCAACUCUCCCCCUCCUCCGACAAGUGCAGCGAGCAGGCACUGCUCUCUUCACACUCUGCCAGCAGGCUUCUCCACUGCUUUACAUGAAGACCUGUGUGCCAGCACCCUGCAGUCCUCAGCUCUAAGCACCUGUCUUGACAUCUCUGGGCUCUUGUCACUCUGCACUCGUCUUGAUUAGCCUUUUCUAUAACCAGCACAGAUGUUGGUGUCCCCUACCCUAGACCUUCCAGUGGGGACUGACUUACUACCAACCCAUCCUCUCCCAAGAAUGUCAACAGAUAUCUCCAAAAUCAAUUUGCUUCCGGUUCCUCUUGCUUAGGACUUCCUUCUGGUAUUCUGAGUAAUAUCAAUAGCCAACUGUGAAGUCAUUUCAGAUACACCCACAACACUUACUUUCUACUUUCCUUACACAAGAUAUAACUGUCUCACUUUGUGAGUUGUUUAAAAUGUAUCUUGUCUGCUCCUCACCACCUUCGAUGACUUCAUUCAGAUUCCCAUCAGCUUCUCAUGUGCAGACCAGCACAGUUGGCUGCAUACCUUGCCAAUUGACCCUCGUGCUGCUGCCAGUCAUCUAAAGGGCUAGGCAUCAUCCCACCCAGUAACAAGAUCCUCCAGAAAUUCUCCCUCUCACAAGAAAGAUAACUCAGGACAAAAAUGGAGACCUUCCUGGUUCACCCCAGCUCACCUGUUUCUGCAAAGUAGUAGGUCUUCAUUUCUCCAUGCCUUUGCAAAUGACCUUCUAUUCCAGGAAGGACCCUCCUCUAACCAAGUACUAACCCUCACUUCUCUUCCAAAAGCUAGUUUCAAAGCACGCUUCAAUGCAAGGUUACUUCAACCAUGAAGAUUUUCCAACCAUCUCUAGGCUACCUGCGGCCACUACACCUUCAUGCCUCUCCCUGCACAUCUAGCCCUUGAACAGCAAGGAGUUGUUUACGUUUCCGCAAAGCAGCCUCCAACACUGCUCAUUAAAGCACCAGAGAUCUGCUUCAAGAACUGAAGACAUCAGAAACCAGUCUCAUUAUUUUAUAGGCACAUUGCAUUUAUUAUGAAGACGGAACUUGACUCUCAGAGUAACAGACAUUUACAGUUACAGAAGGAAAGGCUGAAGGACAACGACACAGUCUUGAAGAACAUUGUGGGGCUGUGUGGCUCUGAGCACCCAGCACCCUUCUCAGGAGUAAGGCUGCACUGAGUGCUCCUGAACUCAACGAAACUGACAGUGACUGCAGGUAGGCAGCUCCACAUGACCUGGGCUUUACGUUAAAGUCUUUGUUUCUAGCUUCCUAAGUCAAAGAUUAAAAGUAAAUAAUUUCACCUAAUUAUAUAAACUAUACUGAAAGAAGCUAGAUUGGCUCAAUUAAGUUUAUAUACCCUUAGGGGUUGGGGAUUUAGCUCAGUGGUAGAGCGCUUGCCUAGGAAGCGCAAGGCCCUGGGUUCGGUCCCCAGCUCCGAAAAAAAAGAACCAAAAAAAAAAAAAAAAGUUUAUAUACCCUUUAAUUUUUAAUCAUUUGUUCAAGUCUAAGUGAUUGACAUGGAUUUUUUUUCAGUUUGCAAUAGUUAUAAUUUUAAAACUCUGUCUUUCAAUUUAUUCUGAAUUUCAUUGUCAAUAAAGCUUGUCUCUUAUAAACAGUAACCUUCCAAGAAGCUCAAAGUAUUAAAAAAUAAAAUAAAAUGCUAUUAUGCAUUUUAUCAUUAACUGUAUCAUUGUUAGAAGCUAUUAUAAUAACAUGGUUUUAUGUAAACCGACCUGGGUCCGAAUGGAAGGGCGAAAACGUGCCCAAAGUGUCUAUAUAUACAUCCGUCCAACUUCUCCAAAUUGUCAUCCUCUACUUGAUACUCCUUUAUGCUCUUAAGGUAACCUUUCACAUCAUCAACAAAGUCGGCGAAGGGCUUCUGGUCAUGUCUAAAGACACCGUUCAGGAAAAACGGACUGAUGAACUGAUCCAGUUCUUUCCAGUGGUGAAAAGUAUCCAGUUCAUUCAGUAAAUACCAGUGAAUCAGCUGUUUAAAGUCAUUCAUCCUAACAGGACCCGCUUGAUUAACAGGGCUAAUGGAUUCCUGUCCAGCACAUUCAAACAUACCUGAACAAACCUUUCUGGUGGAAUGGGUGCCUCUGCAGUCAAACUUGGCCUUGUAUGUAUAUGAAUUUGUAGUUUGUCUAAUUUCUUCAGAAUGACUGGGCUUUUCUCUCCCUCUGUCCCUCUGUGCGGAAGGGCCUCUGCAAUUCUGGUUUUGGUCUGGUGCCUCCCGCUCUGAGUAUGAAGAAUAACUGUAAGCUGUUCUUGGCUUCUCAGUUGCUUCUUCUUUUGAAGCCCUGAAUCUCUUACUUCCCUUUUCAUCAAAGAUAUUCUUGGUAGUAUCUUUGAAAUGUCGAAAAGUAGAUUUGACUGAAUCUGAGAACUUUUUCAGAUUUUCCUUCACAGCUUCUUUUGCCUGCUUGAUUUUUUCUUUAUGAUGUCUUACAAACUCCUUGGUAGAAUUCUUCAUAGCAUCAAAUGUUUCCUUAACUGUCCCCAGAAAUGUCUCCUUGGACUUGCUCUUCACCCUGUGGCUUCCUUUGCUUCCUCUCUUCCUCCCGUCCGCCUCCUGCUUUCCAUGUUGAUCCUUUGCCUCAACAUACAGUCUCUCCCACAAAUCAGAGCGCUGCUGCUCAAAGCUGAGCUUCUGCUCCAGCUCAGCAAGCCUCUGCUGUAAGAGCACAAUUUCCUUCUCUCCCCUUUGCACACUAGGAGAAUCUGCAUGGCCCUGUGCCUGGCGAGGGGCUAACUGCUCCAGUUCUGCCCGCAGAGCCAUUGCUGUGAGCCGUUCUCUCUCCAGGUCCCUUUUCAGCACCCUUGCUUCCUCCAAGAGAGUCACCCUUUCAUUAAGGAAGCUAUUUGUUUUCUGUUUUUCCACUUCUAAGUACCGCUUAAGAACCUGGUUCUCUCUAACUAACUGAGUACUUGUGCCUUUAUCUUCCAACAAUCUAAUCUGCUCCUUUAGUUGCCGUAACUCUUCCUGUAAUGAAGACAGGGUUUUCUCUUCCUUCUCCAGAGAUAGUCUUAAAUACUUAUUUUCUGCAGCAAGGUUGUUGUUCUGAGUUUCAAAGGUAACCUUUUCUGAUUCGGUAGUGGUCCAACACCUCUCAAGGUUUUCUUUCGAUGACUGGGUCUUUUUUUUGAAAGAGAAAAGAAAUAUUAAGUGCUUGGAAAGUUCAAUCUGAAUCUUUAUCAUGUAACAACCCUACCCUUUAGUGCUCCUCUCUCUCUCUCGCUGUCUCUCUCUCUCUCUCUCUCUCUCUCUCUCUCUCUCUCUCUCUCUGUGUGUGUGUGUGUGUAUGUAUAUGGCCAUGUGCACAAAUCCUUUGGGUAUAUAAAUGCUCAAUGCUACUUGCCAUAUAUUCAAGAGGCUUCUCCUUCUUAAAAAGUGAAAUAGAGGGCUGGAGAGAUGGCUCAGCGGUUAAGAGCACCCGACUGCUCUUCCAGAGGUCAUGAGUUCAAUUCCCAGCAACCACAUGGUGGCUCACAACCAUCUGUAAAGAGAUCUGAUGCCCUCUUCUGGUGUAUCUGAAGACAGCUACAGUGUACUUAUAUAUAAUAAAUAAAUAAAUCUUUAAAAAAAAAAAAAAAGUGAAAUAGAAAGUAAAAGUGUCACGUGGCGAGAAUGAGGAGCAGACAGGUACCUAAAAUCAAGAACUCUGUUGAGGAAGGAGAAUUCAAACAAGAACAAGUGGGCAAAUCCCAUUCAUGUCUAACAGCCUACUAGCAAGCAGACUCAAAGCCCCAGAGUCCGUGCGCAGUGCUGCAUACAGACACACCAUUGGAUCACACCCAUUUCUAAGCUAGAAAAGCAAGGCAAGCCCUUCCAUCUUCUUACUACAGUAGCUGUCCUAUGGAGUUUAGAGAACUAACAUUUUAUUCUAUUUAUUCCUUUAUUUUCAGAAAGGGCCUCUCUACAUCACCCUGGCUGACCUGUUACUCAUUCUGUGGACCAGAUUAGCUUCAAACUCAGAGAGCUGGUUGCCUCUGUCCCAGCAACUGAAAGAUUUUAAAGUUAGCUGCACUUGCCUUCUGCAGGAAACCUCACUGUUAUAUGGAGCCAAAGCUGGCCGCAUUCUGAGCAGACUGUUAUACCACAGGCUGCUAAUGGAUAUACCACAGGCUGCUAAUGGACACAGAUAUCAGAGAAUGGAUGUUAGCUUGGAGCUUCCUGCCCAGCACAGGCAGUGUCCUGCCCGUAGGUGAGAGCACUGAGAGGUCACUGAGUCAGGGCUUAGAUUUAUGUGUAACUCAUUUAUGUGCAAUUCACAUGCUGCAUCAUCCAGGAUUCUCACACUGUAUAAGCCUAAGAUGAAAACAUACAGGAAGAAGACAGUGUGUUAAUUUUGUUAAACCUAGUAAUCUUGGUUUUAAAAGGACUGUUCUAAACUGUACUUUCUAAAAAAAAAUAUUCCAAAGUCAUGCAAAUUCUGAGAUUUUAGUGUGGUUUACAUUAAUAUUAAAGUUAAUAACCAACUCUUGGCUUUUAGUAAGAAAAAAAGACUUUAGACCUUUUCCCUUGUUUCCUUCAUUUUUACCUGUAGGGGGGCAAAAAUACACUCAAAAACAUUGAUAAAAUGUGUGGCUUAAGAGUAAGUACUCAGCAGGACACACACAGGCAGGUCUCCUCAUGGGCCCAAACCCCACCUCAAGCUGAACACAGAAAACAUCAUUCAGCAACUCAGACUUUAGCAAAUAUGGACCGCCCGGUCAUUUUAUCCCAAUAUCACACUCUAUCAAAUACCUUUACCACAUUCAAAGAACAUAUUGUUGGUAAGAACUAUUAAAACACAAAAUUGAAGUAUAGGUUAUGUAGGCCAAGAAAAGGAAUAAAUCUAAUGGUAGUUUAUAUAGGCAAAGUAAGAUUUUUCAAGUUGCCAGGCAUGAUGGCGUAGACUUUUAGUCCAGCCCUUGGGUGGGAGAGGUAGAUAGAGCUCUGGGAGUGUGAGACUAGUGAGCUGCUACACAAUGAGUUCCAGGACAGCCAGGGCUAUAGAGAGAGACCCUGUUUCAGACAACAGAAGAGCUGUGAACUAGACAAGGUUUAAGACACUGACUUAUCAAGUAUACUAUACCUCUCUGGCCAGCUCACACGUCUAUAAUGUCAGCACUCCGGAAGCUGAGUCAGAGCUCAGCCUGGGUUACACAGUAAGAUCCCGGUUUUAAAACCCUAGGUUUUAAAAACCUAGAUAGAUAGAUAGAUAGACAGACAGACAGACACACACACACACACACACACACACACACACACACACACACAGAGAGACAGACAGA